GUGGGAGCCGGGGGGGGGGGGGACACUUUUGUGGGGUUGUCGCGGUGCCAGCGCCGCGCCUUUGAUGUGCCACUGAGGCCGCAUUGAGGGCGCCCCGCUGGCACAAUUAGGGCCGGGGGGGGUGGGGGGAGAGGGAGGGGAGCGCGGCACGGUCAGGGCUGCGGGCACGGAGGCACCCCUGGCCCUAAUGGGGCACCCCAAUCACCCCAAGUGGACACGGGGACACAGGCACCCCCAAAAUGCCCCCAACAGGGACAAACUGUCCUAAUAGGGACGGGGUGGGGGCAUGGGAACCCUAUGAUCACCCCAAGUGGGCACAGGGACCCCAAACGGCCCCAGGAAGCUGGGCACCCCCUUCCCCUAACAGGGCCAAGUUUGGGGUCACGGGCACCCCGUACGCCCCAACGAGGUGGCAACCCCGUGACCGUCCCUGUCCCUACAAAGGACACCGGCAGCAAACGGGCAGGAGGACACCCCAAAAACAUGGGGCACGCACCGAACCAAGCCACAGACAUGGGGGGGCCCAUCCCACAUCCCAGCACCCCACUCCCGGGGGACAAAACCCCCCCAAUCCCUGUGUUCCCCUAAAUGCCCCCAUCUCUCGCAUCCCCUUCCCGCUGCCCGCUCCCCUUUGAAGCUCCCGCCGCCGCCGCGUUCCCACCCGCCUCCCACCCCGGCACCCCGACCCCCCCCCAAACCCCACUCCCAGCUGCCCCCUUUUGGGUUUGGGGCCGGAUUUGGGGUUGCGGGGCGGUUCGGGGGGGGGGGCACCGUUGGCGGGGUUGAGCUUGGCGUGAAAAUGAUCAAGGGCCUUGGGCAGCGCCGGGAGCGCAGCGCCCGUCUGAUGCUGCCCGCCCCGAAGGCCCCCGUCGAACAAAGGCGGCAUUGAGGCCCCGAGCUGCGUGUCCCCCCCCCGGACCCCCUCCCGGGAUGGGAUCUUGGCGCGACAUUAAUGAACUCGCCCUAUUGUGCUCCCCUGGCCCCUCUCUUUCUCUCCUCCCCCCCGUCCCCGGGGGGGGCACCGUCUAUAUAUCCGCGCGCCUCCUCCUCCGGCUCCUCGGGGACUUUUUGGGGUUCCCCCCCCUUUUAUUUAUUUAUUUUUUUUAAUCCCCCAAAUUUCCCCCAUUCCUAGCCGGGAUGGAGAGAGGAGGGAAGAGGUUGUGGGGUGAUGGAUCCUGGGUUUUUCUGCCCCCCCCGUGCUGCUGCUGCUGCUCCUGCAGCCGGCCGGGGGGGCCCCCCUGGGCCAGGGGCUGUACCCCAUGCCGGCCGGCGUCCUACAAGCGCUGUCGAGCCGGGGGACGCUGGUGCUGGAGGCGGCGCUGAGGAGCGCGCUGCUGGCACUGGAGAGGGCCCAGGCGGAGCAGCAGCGGCAGCGGGGGGGCUGCGGGCUCUGCGCCCCCUGCCUCUUCCCCCCCUGCGCCAACAGGCACCCACCGCUGCCCACCCCCCGCCGUGCCCCCCGGGGUGCCCCCCAGCUGCCAGGCCCUGCUGGAUGCCCAGGAGCACCCCGAGGUGCCCCAGCGCAACUGGGCGCUGAGCCAGGCCUGCGCCCCCUACCAGCUCCUGUGCCCCCCCCGGGGGGCUCGGCCCCACUGCGCCCUGCUCAGCGCCCAGCGCUGCCAGCGCCGCCUCCAGGAGUGCCGGCUGGCAGCCGCCACCCCGAGCGAUGCCCCGGCAGAGGCGGCGAUGCCAGGACUCAGAACGAGCUGGCGUGGACGGUGGUGGUGGGCGACCACGAGCUGGGCAAGCAGGACCCUGGCGAGGAGGCAGUGCCCGUCAGGCGCAUCGUGCCUCACCCCAAGUUCAACCCCAAGACGUUCCACGGGGACCUGGCGCUGCUGGAGCUGGCGGUGCCGCUGGCCCCAUCAGCCACCGUCAGCCCCGUGUGCCUGCCCAGCGGCCCCACAGAGCCCACCCCCGGCACCCCCUGCUACAUCGCGGGCUGGGGGUCCCUAUAUGAAGAGGGGCCGUCAGCCGAGGUGGUGAUGGAGGCACAGGUGCCCCUGCUCAGCCAGGAGACGUGCCGGGGCGCCCUGGGCAGGGAGCUGCUCACCAGCACCAUGUUCUGUGCUGGGUACCUGUCUGGGGGCAUCGACUCCUGCCAGGGCGACUCGGGGGGCCCGUUGGUGUGCCAGGACCCCUCCUCGCGCCGCUUUGUCCUAUAUGGCAUCACCUCGUGGGGUGACGGGUGCGGUGAGAGGGGCAAACCCGGCGUCUACACCCGUGUCGCUGCCUUCGCGGACUGGCUCAGCCUCCAGAUGGACCCCGCCCCUGGCAGCCGGGAACCGAGCUGCUUCGAGCUGCUGGCCCUGUCGCAGCUGCCCCCCGAGCGGCAGCCCCCCGAGCGCACCCGCCUCUGCUCCUUCUACUCGGGGUCCUGCCGGGCACCCCGGGGCCAAGCCGCCUGCGCACGCCUUGCUGAGGACACGUGCCGUGCCCGGGCGAGGCGAUGCGGUGAGACAACGCCGGGGCACGGGGGCUGUGUCUGGAUGGGGACGGGUUGGGGACACGCCGUGCCGGCACGGUGCCAGGGACGUGGUUCUCUCGCUGCGCCCUCCCCAGAGCUGCACUCCUACGCCCAGACACUGGUGGGGCUCCUGCGUCGGGCCGGGGACUUUAUCCGGAACCAGGUGGAUUUCUCCUUCCUCACCCGGGCUCUGCCCCAGCUCCUGGGCAAGAUCUACGGGCACCUCUUCCCUGCCCGUGUCCGUAGGGACGCCCCAGACGUGGCUGUGGCAGGGGAGCAGCCUAACCCCAAGGCAGAGGGACCCCGGAGACCCCCCACCAGGCAGGGGGCCGGGCAGUUGCCCCCAUUUGCGGGGCUCUUUGGGGACGUGGGGCCCCAGCUGCAGGACUGGGUGCAGGCGCUGAGGGCUAUGGAUGGGGGCAGCCCCCUGGAACCCACCCCAGACGGGCAGCGGCUCCCCGGGGAGACAUGGCUCUUCUUGAAGGGCGAGGAGGAGGUGGAGGAGCUGGUGGGACAGGGCAGAGCCUUCCUCGCCCAGCUCCGGGCAGAGCUGGACCUCGACACCCCCCUGGAAGCCACGCAGCAGCAGCAGGCACCUGGAGAGCCAUCGGGGAUGCCCACACCAAACCGGUUGGUGCCGAGGGAGAAACGUGAGCUGGUGCCCACACAGCCUGGGCUGGAGGAGGAGGAGGAGGAAGAGGAGGAAGAGGAGGAGGAGGCAGGUGAGGGCAGAGCCUGCCCUGGCCUCAACGCCUCGGCGCUGCGGGUGGGCGCAGUGCAGGAGCUUUACGCCUGGGUGCUGCGGGUGCCGGAGCCGGACCUGGCCAUGACCUUCCAGGAGAUCCUGGUGGACCUGGGCUCCAAAAACGCCAAGGGGCUGUACCGGGCGCAGGUGAGGGCCACGGUGGGCGGCCGCCCCACGGUUUUCGCUGGCCUCGUGGGGCUGGAGAGCGACUCGCUGGCCCGCAGCAUGCCCGGCCUCGUCGCUUUGGCCCUCGAGGCUUUGAAAACGUAGGGGAGCUCGGGGUCUCCCACUCCUUUGUCCCCCAUUGUGCCUCAGUUUCCCUCCUCCCACCAACCUCCCGGGGCAAUGGGGGGCACCUGGAGCAUCCUGGCUGGGGUCCUCAGCCCUCCUCUCCCUUGUACCCCCACCUUAGCGAGCCCCUCACACCCCGUGUUCCCCGCAGGCACCCGGACUGUUAUUUAUUUGUACAGAGAAAGGUUUAUUUUUCAAUAAAGAAGGGCUCUAUUUUCCGGUAGAAUUUGUUUUUUCUCUCUUUUUUCACCCUCCCCAUCACCUCACACCCCCAAGCGAUGCCCCCAUCCUCAGGUCCU